AUGGCAGCUAAAAGCAAGAAUGCAGAUUAUCAACACAAAUCUAAGCUCGAUGAACAUCAGGUUCAGCUUGCUGUCCCAGCUCUUUUUAAAUUAUUACAGCUAAAUGAGGUGAAAGCAAAAAAAAGAAAACUAAUGGCUGAUGACGAGAAAAUAUGGUUAAAUUUGAUAUUAAAGAAAAUACCCAAUCCAACCAAGCCUAUACAAAUAUCCCUACCGCAUUCACUGCAUCCUACUGGUACACUUGAAAUAUGUCUAUUUUGUAAAGACAACGAAAAGGACACCAUUAAAAAAAAGCUUGAAAAGGAUGGCAUCACAGAGAUUGUUAAGAUAAUCUCCAUCAUCAAAUUAAAGAAAAAUUAUAGAGGAUAUGAAGCCAAACGACAAUUGUGCCAAAUGUAUGAUCUUUUCUUAGCCGAUGACAGAAUUUAUCACUUACUACCACCCUAUUUAGGCAAAAAGUUUUUUGAAAAGAAAAAGUAUCCUAUUCCAGUGAGUGUAACCAAGAAAAAUUUGACUUCUCAAAUAAACGGUAUUCGUAAUUCGACUUAUUUCAGCCUUGGUAAAGGAAAAUGCAAUGCCAUUCCUGUUGCAAUGACCAAUCUGGAUAGCGAAAAAAUUACUGAGAAUAUUAUAGCAACAGUAAAUAGCAUUGCUGCCAAGAUUCCGCGUGGCUGGAAAAAUAUCCAAGCGUUAUAUAUCAAGACCACAGCAACAGUAGCUUUGCCUAUAUAUAACUCUAUACCUUAUGAAUCGACAAAAAUUAAUACUGAUAACACGACAAAGACAGUUAAAGUGUCAUUAGCCGACUAA